AUGGCAGACGAGAAAGAUAGCGAUGCUGGCAUAGCUCCCCCACUUUCUCCCUCAUCAACCCCGCAUGAGCAUGAUCAGGACAAGGACGCAGAAGAUGUCCGUGAAGCUACUUCCACCAGAAGUCCUGAUGACAAGAGGCCAUUCGCCCAGAUCCGGGAGAAUCAAUUUGCCAAAAAAUGCUGGGCGGUAGUUACCUGGACGCCGAAACGGUGUAGAUGGGAUCCCGACGACCCUCCAAAGUUUAAUUUGGCGCUGAAUCUGCUAUUUGGCUUUGCUGGAACGUUCACAGUGGCCAAUCUCUACUACAGCCAUCCAAUCCUGAACAUCCUGGCCGAUGAAUUUAACGUGAGCGAUGAGCGUGCCUCUCUGGUUCCAACCGUAAUGCAAGCCGGCUAUGCAGCGGGUCUCCUCUUCCUCUGUCCUUUAGGUGACAUAUUUCGCCGGCGAGCUUUCGUCCUUAUUCUGGUUCUCUUCACCGCGACUAUUUGGCUUGGCUUAUGCUUGACGAAAUCAUACCCCGUCUUCCUAGCCUUGUCCUGCAUCGCAGCCAUAACGACCGUCACGCCCCAGCUGAUGCUCCCCCUCGUCGGUGAGCUCGCCCCGGCCCACCGCCGCGCAACAGCCCUCUCGAUCGUGGUCUCGGGCCUCCUCCUCGGGAUGCUCAUCGCACGCCUGCUCUCGGGGAUUCUCACCCAGUACACUACCUGGCGCAGCAUCUACUGGUUCUCGCUCGGGGUGCAGUACCUCAUCUUCGCGCUACUCUUCCUCUUCAUGCCCGACUAUCCCAGCGCCAACCCCGACGGGAUCCACUACUUCCGCAUCCUCUCAAGCAUCCUCAUGCUCCUCCUCCGCUCCCCCGUCCUCGUGCAAGCCUGCCUCAUCGGCUUCUUCACUUCCUCCAUCUUUACCAGUUACUGGACCACGCUAACCUUCCUCCUCGCCUCCCCACCAUACUCCUACCCCCCCGUCAUCAUCGCUCUCUUCGCCCUCCUCGGCAUCAGCGCCAUGCUCCUCGCCCCCCUCUACUCCCGUCACAUCACCGACCGCUUCAUCCCCCACCUCACCAUCCUCCUCGGCCUCCUCUACGUCCUCAUCGGCACUAUAAUCGGGACCUACGCCCGCCCCCACUCCACCGUCGCCGGCCCCAUCAUCCAAGCCCUCCUCAUGGACCUCGGCUUGCAAACAGCCCAGAUCGCUAACCGCGCCAAUAUCUACGCCAUCGACCCGCGCGCCCGUAACCGUCUUAAUACCGCUUACAUGGUGGCUGCUUUCAGCGGCCAGCUGACCGGCACCGCGGCUGGGAAUCGCUUGUAUGCUGCUGGUGGCUGGGUCCGGAGCGGUAGCGCGAGCGUGGGGUUCGUGUGCGCUGCGCUGGUGGUCUGGGCUGCGCGUGGACCGUGGGAGAAGGGCUGGGUGGGCUGGGGGGGCGGGUGGAGUGUGCGGAGAAGGGACGUUGGGGAGAGGACGAGCGGGCAGGGGGGAAGUCAAGGGGGAGAUGUCGAAAGCAGCCCGCCACCGGCGAUGGAUAAGGAGGAGGAGAAGGAGGAAAAGAAUGCGCAAUCAUGA